AUGUCGACCGUUCUGGUUACCGGCGGCGGCCGCGGCAUCGGGCUUGAACUCGUACGGCAGCUAGUGCAGCUACCAGAGUCACGAAUUUCCCUCGUCCUCGUCACAACUCGAGGUCCCUCCCAGCCCUUGGACGAGCUCAUCUCUAGCUCGGCCGGCCGCAUUGCGCAAGUCCAGUGUGAGAUUACCGACGACAACUCAGUGAAGCAAGCAGCAGCUGUCAUUGAGACUAAACUUGCCGGCAAAGGGCUCGACAUCCUGAUCAACAAUGUCGGAAUAAUGUCAUACACGGAGGGUAGAGUUGGUGCCUUGGAUGGACAACAGUUGCUGACUGCUUUCAACGUCAACGUCUUAAGCACGCACCGCAUCACCGCAGCAUUGAUUCCGCUGCUGCAGAAGGGUACCGGAAAGAAAAUAGCCAUGAUCUCAACUCCUCUUGGUUCUAUCGACUAUGCCAACAGGUACACGUGGCUCCCAGUGCCAUCAUACAAAAUUACAAAAGCUGCGAUGAAUAUGUUGUCCGUCCAGUACGCCAUCGACUACGAAAAGGAAGGAUUCACCGUUGUGGCUGUUUCUCCAGGAUGGCUUCGAACCGACAUGGGCUCUCAAGACGCAGACUUGGAUGUUGCAACUGGUGUUAGGGCCUUGAAGGAUUUGAUCUUGUCGGCAACCGUCGACGCCAACGGUAAAUUCUACAAUAUCCACGUCCCAGGCUGGGAGAAUGCAGAAGGCCCCAACCAGUACGACGGCGCAGUGAUCCCCUGGUAG